AUGUCUAAGCCAUACAUCAUCACCUUGAAGGAAGACGCCAGUGAUGCUGACGUUCAAGCUUUGAAGGAUCAGGUUACCAGUGCCGGUGGCGAAAUCACCAAUGAGUACUCCUUGAUCAAGGGGUUUUCUGCUAAUUUACCGGAGGACCAUGCUUCCACUCUUGAAACCCAUGAACACGUCAACUCUAUUGAGGCAGACGGUGAAGUCAAGAUCCAGUAGACUGGCUGGUUCCAAGAUAAUUUUGUACACGUUAUUUGAAUAAAUGGUUUAAAAUUAUUAUAAUAACAGGGCAAGUCUAAGAGGAACGAUUAAAUGCG